UUUAGUACACGAGCUAUUUCCCAUAAAAGGUGUUUAUUCUCCACCUGUAAAUAAUAAAUACAUUAUUGAUUCAAAAGUUUACAUUAUUUGUGAUUAUGGAUUGUAGUAGCGCACGCCUCGACUUCUGUGAUCAACACAAACAACUUUCACAAACCAUGUAGGAAAAGGACACGCCGUUUUAAAGUGUGUAAAGUCACACAAACCAUUUUUUAAAUUAACCAUAUUAAACAAAAAAUAGUCUCUUCAUUCUUCCUCCUAGAGAUCGAAGUCUCUUAUUCCUUUGAACUUUUCACAUAUUCCAGUCAUGGAAAGUAGUUUUAAAUUAAGUAUCUUUUAAAUACAGAAAAAUAAGGGGUCAUUGUACCACGUGGGCGUAUAUCCGUCGCAUACAGCAACGUCACAGUAAAUCGUUGUCAUCGCAAUGCCACAACUUCCUGUUUGCGAUCCACACAUUAAAUAAUGGCUGAAUUAAACAGACAGCUCCAGGAAUAUUUGGCUCAAUCUAAAAGCGGCGCAAAGACGAUAUCACAGUCCAGUUCCAGCACUGCAAUAGACAUCGAUGAAUCCACCUCGGUGCCGGGGAGCUGGUUCGGCAGGUGGUCGAGUCCGUUCUCUGGAUCCAGCAGCCGUGGACCGUCAUCAGGCCAAGGAUCGAGCAGCGGCUUCUCGUGGCCGUGGUCAUCAGAGCCUGACCCGUGUUUGCCGGGCAUGAGUCGUUCCCAGCGGCUGAUCGCGUUCGGAACGUGUAUUUUCUUCUCUGCUCUGUGCUUUGGACUGUCGGCGCUUUACGCUCCUUUACUCUUACUGAAAGCGCGUAAGUUCGCUCUGCUGUGGUCGCUCGGAUCCGUGUUCGCUCUCCUCGGGGCGGCGAUCCUCCGCGGACCCAGUAAACUCAUUGCGACUCCUACACCGGGAGCCGCGGUGUACCUGUGCUCUCUGGUGGGCACUCUGUAUGCGGCGCUGAACCUUCACAGCACGCUGCUCACAGCGCUUGGAGCCUGUUUUCAGAUCGCUGCUAUUGUCGGUUACAUCGUGGCUUUGUUGCCGGGUGGGAGUGCUGGGAUGAGGUUCGUCGGUGGCAUGGCAGCGUCCGCUAUUAAAAGAACUGUGACUGGUAAAGCCAUGCCUAUAUAAUAAGGCAUUUCACGCACUGGGACUUUUGUAAAUCACGGAAGAUACUCUGUUUUCGCACAUUUUUUGAGUGACUGGUCUGGAGUUCAGCGUAAACCGCAUUCUGUGGAUGGGGACAUCUAAAUGUGUUGUGACUUCCACUGUGACAGGGACCAUACCUAUGACCAAGACAUCAAAUACUACUUACCUUUUAAUGUUUCUGAACUGUUCUUGAUAGUUAACUUUUUGUAAAUAAACUUAAACAUUA